AUGAUGACCACUUCGUCUAGAGAACAAAGGUAUGACCGUCAGCUACGACUUUGGGGUGAUCGUGGGCAAGAAGUAUUAGGCAAAUCCAAAAUUUGUCUCAUUGGAUCAAGUGCUAUUGGCUCUGAGCUUCUUAAAAACUUAGUGCUGCCUGGAAUCGGCGAAUUCAUUAUUAUUGACGAUGCUAUUGUAGAAAAAAAGGAUCUGGGUAACAAUUUCUUUGUAACACCAGCUCAUGUGGGGAAGCCCAGAGCACAAGCAGUUGCAGAAUGCGUCUCUGAAUUGAAUACUGAUGUCAGGGGCGAUUUUUUGAUUGAAAAUGUCGAAACUUUGCUUGAAAGUGAUCCUAAUUUCUUUCUUGAAUUCUCAGCUAUUAUUUACACAAGUGUUCGCGAAGGUCCUCUCAUUCACCUCAGUAGGAUAGUUGCCCAAUCAAAUGUACCUAUUAUUACCUGUUAUUCGGUUGGAUUUGUUGGUUUCCUUCGAGUUUCUGUUUCUGAACAUACAAUAAUCGAAUCCCAUCCCGACUCAACUAAACCUGACUUUCGACUAGAUAAUCCACCCAAAGCACUGAUUAAUUUAGUUAAUCACCCAGAGAAUGACUUUGACUCCCUUCCAGCCAAUGAGCUAUCCCAAGUUCCCUGGUUAAUCAUUGUUUAUAAAUACCUUUCAGUAUUUCAAAAAAAAUAUGGCAGAUUCCCUUCUUCAUAUUCAGAUAAACUGGAGAUUCGUGAAUAUAUAAAUGAAGCUGCUAGGUGCUUAUUGGAUAAUUGUCGUUCUCGCGGUGAAGAAUUAGAGGCAUCUUUUGAAUUGCUUAACUUUUACGAGGCAGCAAAAUCUGUUAACAUAGCCUUAGCUGAAACGAAACUUCCACCAGAAGUUUGGGCUAUAUUUGAAGAUGAUCGAUGUCUUUUGUCUGGAUCCUCGCCUACAACUGAUCUGAGUGAUGACAGGCGUCAGUUCCCACUCUUUCGAAAUCAUCCGAGAAAUAGUCCUACAGUAGUUAAUUCUUCUAUCUCAAAUUUCUGGAAUCUGGCUGCGGCGUUGAAAGAGUAUACGUUAAAUGAGGGAGGAGGUAAUCUGCCCAUUCGUGGUGACCUUCCCGACAUGACUUCCAGCUCAGAGAGGUAUCUCAAACUCCUGACGGUCUAUAGAGAAGCGGCUGAAAAUGCUGUCGAACAAAUUGCCUCUCGAUUGUCCAACUUUAAGGAAUUGCCUCUGGAAGAUAUUCGCCUUUUCGCUAAAAAUGCUGCCUACAUCCGAGUGAUUAAAUGCAAAUCCCUGGAGGACGAGCUCAAACGGUCCCCGAUGCGCGUUGAAGACCUGCAAAAUGCAGCAGCACCUGUUUAUCCAGGAUUAGUCAGUAUACCCGUCACAGCGCGGAGACUGGAAGUGUCUCGUGAGAGUGAAUCCAGGAUUCUUCAUCGCAAAUCAAGUGGGGAGCACUGCGCCAGCAUUCUCAUUGGUAACGACGCAAUGCUCUGGUACUUCAUGCUACGUGGAGCGGCGGGGUUCUAUGAGGAGAAUGGUCGAUGGCCGGGUAGUCCCUGUGAUUGUAGUGGUUCAAAAGGAGGUGCGGCCCCUGAUGUGGAGGGUGGAGGUGAUCCACAAUUCUCCUCUCAUAUUGUGGAGCAGGAUAUGCCUCGACUCAGAAAUCAUGUCAACCGUGUGCUCACUUCAAGUGGAGUGGCCUUCAACCGCGUGUCCGAUGACUUUGUUCAUGUAAGUUCCCUGUGCAAUGUGUUGGGAACCGCGUACAAUAGAUCCGAUAACCCUGGAGAGAGUAUGUAUUUAGAUCAAAUCUCAAUAUAUAUGUAUAUAUUAGGUUGGCAACUAAGUCAUUGCCGAUUUCAAAUAAGAAGGCAAAUUCGGAAUUUUUGUUUAAAAAUAUAA